AAAGGAUAUAUGGUUCAAUUGAAAAGCAAAGACAAGCCGUUCAGUUGGUAGAGAUGAUCUUGGCGCAGAUUCUGACUUUAAAGAGCUAUGAAAUUUCAAACCUAUUUAGCGAGAUUCCUAUACUUAACGAUGCUGCAAAAAUUGGGAAUGUUGAGUUUUUGACUCUGCUUACCCGCUCAUAUCCUGAUCUUGUACACAAAAGCGACUCGAAUAAUUACACUAUAUUUCAUCUUGCUGUUAUUUAUCGACAAGAGAAAGUCUUUAGUCUCAUCCAUCACACAGGAGCUAUUAAAGAUAUAUUGAUGCUCAAUAUAGAUAAUUCCGGAAACAACAUUUUGCACUUGGCUGCGACAUUAGCACCUUCAAGCAGACUCAACAGUGUAUCUGGAGCAGCUCUUCAAAUGUAGAGAGAGCUAUUGUGGUUUAAGGAGGUCGAGAAGAUUCUAUUGCCUUUCAAUGUUCAUAUGAAAAACGAUGCUGACAUAACACCUAGGGAGUUGUUUACAGAGGAGCAUGAGAAUUUACGGGAAGCUGGUGAGAGGUGGAUGAAGGACACGGCAACUUCUUGCAUGGUAGUGGUAACCUUAAUUGCCACAGUUGCAUUUGCUGCAGCCUUUACCGUACCAGGUGGGAAUAAGGGAGAAACAGGCACUCCAAUUUUCUUGAACAACAGGUGGUUUACAAUUUUUGUUAUAUCCGAUGCAGUGGCAAUGUUUAGCUCGAUUGCUUCCAUAAUGAUGUUCUUGUCUAUAUUAACGUCACGCUAUGGAGAGGAAGAUUUUCUAUAUACAUUACCGGCAAAGUUGAUGGUUGGACUAUUUACACUCUUUGCUUCAAUCGUUUGCAUGGUCUUAACAUUUAGUGCAACAUUCUUUUUGGUCUACAAGGAAGAAAAGCUAGCGAUAUUGCCAAAAAUUGUUGCUGGUCUUGCUUUGCUUCCAAUCACUUUAUAUGCAACGUUAAAUUUUAGGUUAUGGAUUUCCCUAAUCCACUCAACAAUCUGGGCGUCAAAGUUUAUGUUUCGAUCGGGUAAGCACAAACUUUUGUAAUAAAAGGAUCUACAAUACUAGUUGUUGUCACUAAGAAAAGUGGAGAAGUGGAGAAGCUUUGUUGUUACUUUGUCAUUGUAUUUUCUAAUAAAAUGCUUUGUUUUAAGCCUUUGUUUCUUCUAGUUGUAACUUUUGUUGUUGUUGUUUUAUUUUCUAAUAAAAGGCAUUGUUUUUCGA